AUGGCCGACACCAAAAUCGGCGUCGACAAGGAGGAUGUGUACCCGGUUGAAGACUCUGACCAAACCGACAGAGAUUCUCAGACAGAUGUGCUACGGGCCGCUGGCAUCGGUAUCCAGGAGAAUGAUCCGACAGAGGCAGUGUUGACCCUCAGGAUGUGGGUUCUUGGGGUCGGCUUUUGCAUCGUUGCUAGUGGACUGAACACUUUGUAUACUCUCCGAACCCCCUCCAUUACAAUCUCGUCAUCUGUUGUCCUUCUGCUGGCAUAUCCGCUGGGGAAGCUAUGGGAAAAGACCGUCCCCGCAUGUGAUGUAAACCUAGGCGUGGUGAAGUUCAAUAUGAACCCUGGUGCAUUUAGCCAAAAGGAACACGUCCUAGUUUAUAUCAUGUCCAAUCUCAGCAUCUACGUCCGACUCGGGGCAGAUGUCCUGACCGAACAAGAAAAGUUUUACGGAUACAAUGCAGGAUGGGGGUUCCAGAUUCUCAUUACCUUGGGAACCUUUUUGAUAGGUUUCUGCCUUGCUGGUUUGUUCCGUGGUGUUGUGGUGGCUCCCAGAGAGCUCAUCUGGCCUGGUGUGCUGAGUACAACAUCACUCACCACGACUUUGCAUCAUAUAGGUCAAGGAGAUUUGCUCGCAGUUAAGGAUACGUGGAAAAUGUCUCGCUAUGCAUUUUUCAGCCUUGCUUUCUGUAUAUCAUUCUGCUGGUAUUGGUUUCCAGAUUUCAUUUUCCCGGCAAUGAGCUACUUUACUUUUCCUUGUUGGAUCAAUCCAAAGAGUACGGUUGUGAAUCAACUAUUUGGAAUGAAAAGCGGCAUGGGUCUAUUGCCAAUUACAUUUGACUGCAACCAAAUCUCCUAUGUCGGCUCUCCCCUUCUAAUUCCGGCGUGGGCAAUAGUGAAUGUUUUUGCUGGUCUCGUUUUCUGGAUAUGGAUUGUAGCUGUAGCUUGCUAUUACACUAAUGUGUGGUACACAGGCUACCUGCCUUUCCAGAGCUCGUCAGUUUAUGAUAACACUGGUGCCGUCUACAAAGCUUCAAAGGUCAUCAAUGAAGCGACUGGCUACAAGCUUGAUCUUGCAAAGUACGACGCCUACUCCCCGAUUUACAUGCCUAUCACCUAUGCAUUGAACUCGUGUGGCUUAUCAUUUGCCACGCUGAGCUCUCUCCUUGUCUGGGUUGCCCUAGAAAAGCGACACGAGUUGGCCGCUAGUGUGCGCAGAGUCCCACAAGCAAUUCGCAGAUACUUGUCUCAACCAAAGGACACCGAUGAGAGCGAUCAGUGCCUUGAUGUCCCACUAUGGUGGUACCUCGUGGCUUGCCUGAUUGCACUAUUUGUUACCAUCUUUGCAGUCGAGUACUGGGCCGUUGAGCUCCGGUGGUAUGGCGUCCUCUUGGCCUGCGCGGUAGCUUUAGUCUUCUAUGGCCCACUUGCAACGAUCUAUGCCACUUCAAACCUUAAAAUCAAGAUUGAUAUCCUUUGCCGUAUCAUUGCUGGCUUUGUAUUCGAGAACAAGGUUCUGGCAAACAUAUGGUUUUUUGACAUCGGAUAUAUCACAACGAUCAAAGGACUUUACUUUGCUGAGGACAUGAAACUAUGCAAUUACUGCAAUAUCCCCCCCCGAAAGGUCUUCCUUGUCCAGUGCGUGGGAAUGGUAGUCGGCACGCUCAGUUCCGUCGGUGUGCUUAACUGGAGCCUUGGGCAUAUCAAGGGUAUCUGUACCUCCGACGCCCUGAACGGCUUUAGCUGCCCUUACUCUCGUACUCACUUCAACACCAGCUUAAUUUGGGGCGCCAUCGGACCCCGAAAAUACUUCAGCAAUGACAUCGGCUACAGCGCCCUCCUUUACUUCUUCAUCAUCGGCGCUGUGCUCCCCAUCCCCGUCUACUUUCUUCGGCGCCGCUAUCCGAAUUCGCUCUGGCGCAGGGUUCACGUCCCCUUGUUCCUGGGCGGGCUGAACUACCUCCCUCCCGCCACGGGUACCAACUACGCCAGCUGGGCCGUAGUGGGCCUGACAUUUGGAUACCUCAUUCGGAACCGACUAUAUCAUUGGUGGUACAAGUACAAUUUUGUGCUGAGUUCUGCGUUGGAUUCCUCGGUUUCCAUCGCCGGCGUGGUGAUUUUCUUUGCGAUUUUCUAUAGCGGGGCGUCGAAGCACUUUAGCUGGUGGGGAACAACAGUGUACGAGGAAACGUGCGAUUACAAGGGAUGCGCUUAUCUGUCGAUCCCCGAGAGCGGCAAGUUUGGAAUUUAG